AUGGGCGAUGUGAACGAUUAUCGGGCCAACCGCUCAUCAGCCAUCAGAAUGCGAAGAGCAGCUCCUGCUCCGCUCAUCCAGCAAUCAUAUGGCCACUACGGGCACGAAUCCCCUCUUUUCGAUCAAAGCUCUAUCUCACCACUGAAAACUAGGGCCGCUAUGACCUCAGCUCAUCCCACAUCUCCUCCAGGAUUACGACCAAGAAACAACCCAACAGUGCCUCCCAAGAAUUCAUCAUAUUCGUUUGUAGACAGUCAGGACGACACAAUUUCGGAGAACGACACCGACACCUCUUCCAUAUGUCAUUCCCCAAGUUGGAAUAGUUCAAAUGGAAAAAACACCCGAGACAAACAAGGAAAGAAAUGGCGCGAAAAAUUUCAAAGGGAGGAGUCGAGAGAAGCGGAAAUUGUCAAAGCUGCCGCACGGCCAAAGAAACUUAGUAAACCACCGCCAAAUUUCUAUUCUCGCCCCGAGAAGGACCAAUCAAAGAACUCAAUACCCCCAAAUAUUGACUCAUCUCUCGCUAACUCUAAAACCGUGAAUCUGGAUUCCCAGGGAAGCUACCAUGAUCCUGGAUUUACGUCAAGCAAAGUUAGCCCAUCCCACCCCGUAAACACAAUCAUAUCUACACCAGAUACUGGAUCAUCAUUUAUCGGAGGAUUAAAGCUGCGACAGAUGGAGGAAGCCAAUGUCCAAAGAGCCAUCUGGGGAAUCAAGAGACGAGAUCGCAAUGAUGCCUCACUAAGAUCGCUCUUAAAACCCUACGACAGUCACAUUACAACUGUUCCCUCCCCAAUCUCAAUGAAAACCUUGAACACUCGUAAUGGAUCAGCAUGGUAUUCAGAAGUAGAAGAUCAAUCGUUGACGCAACCUGAAGUGUUUAUGUGUGACCGUAUUAUCUAUCAAGAAGCCGAGAAAAAUCUAACCAUGUCAAAUAACGAUGACAAUCCACUUUUUCUGCACCCAACUUCUCAUAUUGAAUCCGAAUCCACACAUGCUAAUCAAUCUCCCGUGUCCGCAAGUAGUCAAAUCCCUCCUGACCCCACCAACCGAAGUCACAGCCAGGUGUCCGCCCUUAUAACUUCAAGUCACAAAGUCUUGAUUCCACCAGAUGAAAUGCAUCCCAUUCUCGGUCGUGCCCGAUACCCACGUCUAAAGCUUCCAAAUAUCCCGGCCUAUGCCGCUGGAAUUGAGAGAAAGACGAAACAAGAGGGGUCAAGAUCACCCCAUGAAGAAUUCCAGGAGACUCAGGCCAGUGAUUCCAGUUCAGCGAGUCAGGAUACAUCCCAGAUACUUGAACCCUCCGCCGAAUCUUCACUUUCCCCGGUCACGAACAAGGCACACAGGAGAUCAAAGCUAUUAACUAACUCGUAUCGACACUUCUCCACAGGUUGUGGACUGAGAGGCAUCAAAAGUGCUUCCAAAACAGCCUUUUCUCCUACCCCGUCGGCUACCGAAUACGCUAUAGACUACGCUACAUUAUGUCAGACUCCUAAUCUUGAUGAAUCCGAUUCUGAUCCACCAUCUCGCCCUAUAAGCCGCAAUAAUAGCAGUUUUCGCGAGGCUAUAACCGAAAAUUCAGCGGUAAAUAGUCGGCGGAAAUCAUUAGGAUUAGAAUAUUCUCAAAAAUUAGUGGAACAAGUUAAGAGUGAUUUCCAUCGAAUUACCACAAGCAAGCGGAAGUCUGAUGUCAGGUCUGGGACAGAUUCAAGUGAGGAGUGCUCAAUACAGGGUAGUGUUUCUAAUAUAACCACCCCUGUCACCUCGAGGCCGCAUUCCUCCAGAGAUAAACUGUCAGACAAAAUGCUACUUGAUCAUCCAUUAUCGCCGAGCUCAACACCAGCAGACUCCCUCCAAGACAAUAAAUUAGUUGAAAGCAGCAUUGGAGAUACGGUUGAGCCUCUAAUACGUAGUAAAGAUCUUAGCCAGAUCCCUCUCGUAUCUGAAAGCUUAUCCGGUGAUCAUACUGAGAAAGACGAUAUGAGAAACAACACGACAAAAACUAUGCAUAUCCCAACACCAUAUACUCCUAAUGUAACAAUCUCAGAGAGUAUAACCCAACCCUUCUCACCAUCAAAUACACCGUUUCUCCCCCCACUAAAGCAUCAAUCCUUUACCCGCACAUCGGAAAGGAGCGCAGCUACCCCCGUGCGGGGUCUUGUGAAGAAAACCGGCAAAAUCUCGGAUCUGCCAAAGUCAGUUAACAACACUAUUGAUAAAAAGGAAGAAAUAAUGGAUGGAUCUAAGCAAUUAAAAAAUGCUCGAUUAAAUCUAACAACGAAAAGUCCUUUUCUUCGCUCUUUACAACCACCUGACCAGCCAUCAUCUAUGACUAAUAAGUCGGAACCAUUUGCCAAAGUUUUUGUGGUAUGCUGUUCUUGCAAGUACUUUCAUGAUUUACCCAGCAAGAUAUAUGCCUGUAUGAACAUUCCAGAUAAUGUUGUGACUGAGCAAAAUUUGGGAGUAAAUGGCGUCAUAUCUACCAGAGUUAAAUGUCCGUGGUGUGGACAUGGUAUGACUACUUCUUGCUGUGCAGGAUAUGUGGCGGUAGUUUGUAUGAAAGAAAAGUUACAUUGA